AUGAGGCCAAACGAUACGUCCCACAGCUUGAGCAGUCCUGUUUCUACUAAUGACAUAGGCUCUGCCAAUGGGUCCCCUGACACCAAGCUUACAGCAUAUUCGCCUGAGGAUAUGCGAUCUACCUGCCUUCGCUCUGACUCCAAUGUUGGUGAUCCAUUGGGCGACAUUGGCAAACGAAAGUUAUACCUGACACCCGUCAGUGACAAGACCAGCUCGUCCUCUGACCCCUUUCUGGUGUCGACGAACACUUCUACCCGUGUUCAACUUUCACCAACGGCAGCAAGCUUCACACCAAUUGGCGCGGCAGACAACGUUCUAUCUAGGAGCAAGGCACCUUCACUGUCUCGAGGCUUUUCCGGCGUUGGCUAUCUAACAGCAAGCUCGGACAUUGAUCCAUGCGAAGCUAGGAAUGGCCCUCUCCAGGCCCCGGACAGAUACCCACUGAAUUAUGGAGUCAUAGGCAAUAGUCAGGCUGAUACGAGGAACCGUCCGAAUAUCAUGGACUACCAGACAUUCGGCAGCGAGAGCCAUAGCCGAGCCCUGGUUAUUGAAAAUGUGCCGAAAAAUCUUACCUAUAUGUCAUUGGCUGGAUUUUUCAAUCGUCGUGAAUUUAGCUCCCUCAGAGGCCCCGUGCUUUCAGAACUCAAUUCCAUGGGCAAGGUCUAUGUCGCAUUCACGGACAGUCGGGAAGCGACCAAGGCAAUAGAAAAGGUCAAAGUCCUGAGGCCUGAAUGGCACAUCUCUACGAUUGCCCCUAAAGAAUAUGUCAAGCAUGUUGAGCCUUCUCUUCUGCCACAGACUUCUAACUACGAGGGUCAGCUGCUUGUCACCGUCUAUUAUGACGGCAGAAACCCCAACCUCAACCAGCACACUGUUGCUCGCUCACUUGAAACCCUCUCUAUGACAUUCGGUGACUUAAGGUCUUUCACAUCCUUGCCAACUGAGCAAGAAAAUAUUGGCGAAUUUCAUAUUGAGUACUUCAACACGCGUGAUGCUGAGAACGUUUUGACCACCCUCAAUGGGACGUCGGUUGAUGAUUGCAUCCUAGACAUCUCUCUUUUCAGGCCAGAUAUAGAAGAGAGAAAGUGCGAGCUGCCAUUUACGGCCGAAACAUCUUCAAGAGAGGAGUUCCCUCCAGCCGAGGAGGCUUCUUUCACAAAGUCCACAUCGUGGACCUCAGUUAGACCGGGUCGUGCUUCCUUCAUGGAAUUAAGCCCUACCGGUCGUUCCACGGUGCCCCCAGGUGAACAUGCUAGUCUCAUAGACUGGAUGUCUAAGGCUGGUGAAAGGAUCUUCCCCUCUCCUCGCCGCGAACUUAGCCGCUAUCCUGAUUUACGCAUGGGCAGCCAAAAUGCAGUCGAUAUAGAGAGAAUACGUCUCGGCUUGGAUGUCAGAACGACGAUUAUGCUCCGCAACAUCCCUAAUAAAAUCGACCAGGCUAUGCUCAAAGCUAUUGUGGAUGAGACAAGCCAUGGAAAAUAUGACUUUAUGUACUUACGGAUAGUAUCUGACAUUGUCUCUGCCAGCGUCGGGUACGCCUUUAUAAAUUUCGAAGAUUUUAUCAACGCAAGAGCGGGACGAACCUGGUGGCUGAAGUGUCUUAUGCAAGUUCGUACUCGCUUAUCCCUAGCAGACUAUGGAUUAUCUAAAACCACAGGUCAGCUAUACAAGGAAAAGAUUGCUUGCUUAUUCUCGCAGAUUUUCCAGACCGGCACAGGCCCUCUUGCUGGGACCGAGGAUCGCUUUCCUGGACCAGACAACCCUUCCAAAAUGCGUCGCAGCAUUGAGAAUGCGGAACAUGUUGGACUAUUUGCUCCGCGCGUCGGUCAGCAGUACCGUGACGAGCAGCGCCGUCGCCGUUCUCAAUUCGAUCGUGGAACCACUGCAGCCGAGCGCGAAGUAGUAUAUGUCCGAACAUUCGCACCAAGACGUCCCUACGGUGUCGGUAAUGGUCUCAGGAGUGGCCCCUGUACUUAUCCUGGUAUGAAGAUGUGGCAUGAAUCAGUGCACGAAAGCGGACCCUAA